AUGAAUGUUAAGUCUGAACGGAAACUUCGAUCUAAAUCUCCAGCUGCGUCUAACAACGAAGAAUUGUUCAAUUUUGAUAAUCCACAUGGCGGCCUGUUUAGCGAGAAGAAACUAACUGUUCUGACUCGACACGGUGCAAGCUACACUGGUAGUGAUCGUCAGGUAGCUAACAAAUCAGAGGAUGACGAAAUAUUUGCUAAAAAACGUGAACUGUAUCAGAUGCCGAGGCUUCUAAUUGAGCCACACCAUAUGGAAUCAUUAGAAGCCAAAAUGGACCCACUAUCAGACGAGAUAUACGCAGCUUACCAUCGUAAAAUGUACAAGCAGGAGGUACGAAUGGUCAAUCAAGACAAAAUUCAAGCCGAAACCGAAGCGGAACGCUUGGGAGGUGUGUUGGAAGAUCUGCAAUCGGAAGCCAAUUGGGUCAAACGGCUAUUAAAAACCACAAUCGUUCAAAAUCCUGACGAUGAGAUGGAACUACAAAAGAAAAGAAGCCUAACGCAAUCGAGCAUCAUGGCUAUGCUGCAGCGUUUUGGCGACAUGAAAAAUCUUGCGUCCUCGUUUGCUCGCGGAGGGAGGGCCAAAGUCGUCGACCCAGAUCUUAGUUUUUCCAAUACAGUAAAGCGCAUAAACAAUUAUAGAAGACCGGCCUUGAUAGACUUUGACGAAUUGAACCUGACUUCCGACGAGGACGACGAAAGGCUAUCAAACUCGGAAAUAAAAGCGCAAAGAAAGAGCCGGCAAGAGCGCCGGUAUGGUGGAACUGUUGUGAUACAAUUGAGAAAAAGUUUAGCAUGCUACUACAAGUAUGCCAUCGUAGCUGAACCCAUGAGGCCAGCAUACAUUGUGCGAUGUUCAAAGGCCGAGAAAGAAAAAUGGUGUCGGAUGGCGGAAUCUCUUCCGCCUAAAUUUAAAGAUUAUGCACAAUUUCCUAAGCAAAGCUAUGUGACCAGACCAGUGAAGCAUCAAAAUUGGGCCAAUGGCCAUCGUGAUGGGGCAGCCCCAGCCAGUACUGCCCCCAAAAAGAGGACAAGUGGCAGGAAAAAUCAUCGCAGUAACUCUUCUUCCCCAACGAAAAGGAGCCAUCAAGUCUGA